AUGUCCAAACCCGAAGAGCGAAUGAAGGCUGAGGCCACGCAGGCCCUCGACGCCCAGGAUGAACUCAACUGUCCAGGCUUUGAAUCGAGCCGAGUUUUCGCGCUCUCGGCGCAGCUGCUCGCCAAUCCGCCUGCGGGCUUCCCAUCUCGUAAGCGCCUGCUGCGAUCGCUCCAGAGCGUCUACCUCUUUUCCAUCCAGCCAUCCACCGCCAUUGAUCCCUCCAACCCUCGCACCAAGCCAGUGCAGGGUAACGCAUCCACGUCUGGUGGUGCGCUUCGACCGGCUCUCUGGUUCGCCGACAUGAAGAACAAGGGCGUCAUCGGUCGAGGCCAGCCACCCAAGACGGUGCUUGGUCGAAAACGUAAGGCUGACGUCGUGAUCGAGUGCAGAGACAGGGACUUUGUAGAUCUUGCUACCGGAAAGGUUCAAGCCCAGCGACUCUACAACGAAGGAAGGAUCAAGAUCAAGGGUGACCUCGAUCGCGCACUUCGAGUCGCUACGCUCUUCUCGCACGAGCGUUCCAAGAUCUACGGAACUCCCUCUCCUACACCAGACGCCGAGACCAAGGUCGCAGCCGUCGAAUAUCAGCGCGAGGGAAACGAUGCUCGUGAUACCGACUACGGCUCUGGUGCUCCCGCUCCGCUCCCCGAUCGCGCAAGGCUUUGA